AUGGGGUACAUUUUUAACCCGAUAAAACGUUUGAAAAAUAUAGGUAUACCUAAUGAAUCUGAAGAUGAAAAUGAUGAAAACGAUGAAAAUGAUGAAAACGAUGAAAAUGAUGAAAACGAUGAAAAUGAGCACGACAAUUACGAAUACACUGUUGAUAAUGAAGAUGAAGAGCUUCGUGGUCCUCAAAAUAGAAAUUUGCUAAAUGUCGAACUAUCUACUCACGACAUUGAUAAAUGUUGUCUUUUGCAAACUAGGAAAUCUUUUCUAUCGCAUUAUUUCGAUAGCGUUUCUGUUGGCGAUUAUUUUCAGAUUGGUCCAUAUUUUUUACCGGCACACCUCAAUGGUCAAAUAUACGCCGAAUUCCUAGAGAAUCAAUUACCAAUUCUACUAGAAGACGUUCCUCUCGACGAACGGGAAUCUAUGAUAUUCCAGCAUGAUGGGGCACCCGCGCAUUUCUUUCGUAGAGUAAGACAAAUUUUAGACAGGCGUUUUCCGGACAGGUGGAUGGGUCGAGGUGGCCCAAUCACUUGGCCGGCACGGUCACCCGACUUAAAUAUAUUAGACUAUUUUGUUUGGGGACACAUAAAAGCACAAGUCGAAAAUGUGCGUGAUGGUACUGAAGCUCAGGUUCGCGAAGCAAUCAUAGCGGCCUUCAAUACCAUCACGCCGGACAUGGUGCACCGUGCGACGCAACAGAUAAUUCGAAGAGCCGAACUCUGCUUACAGGCACGAGGGAGGCACUUCGAACAGUUAUUGCAUUAA